AUGAACAUUGGUUCCUGUCCGGGACACAGGGAGAGAGAUCGGAAGCCUGGACUCCGGGUGACACCUGCCUUGCUGAUCCUGCCAACGCUCGGACCUCUCCUUUACCUUUUUCCGACAGCCAGUGGCUCCAAGGUGCUCCAGAUGCCUAUUCCAGACCUACGGCUUGUCAACGGGCGCAGCCGUUGCCAGGGGCGCGUGGAGAUCUUCUAUAACCGCACCUGGGGCACGGUGUGCGACGACGACUGGGACAUCGUGGAUGCCAACGUGGUGUGCCGCCAGCUCGGUUGCGGCCACGCCAUCGCCAUGCCGGCCACCCUCUCCUUCGGCCAGGGGCGAGGGCCCAUUUUCCUCGACAACGUGGACUGCAAAGGGCGGGAGGCGGCCCUCAGUGAGUGCAGCAGCCAUGGAUGGGGCAUCCACAACUGCUACCACUACGAGGACGUGGCCGUCACAUGUAACGAACUGAUGCCCACCCAAGCAGCGAGGGCCCCCACCGGCAAAUCGGUCACGGCCUCAUUGCAAAACGGGAAACGUGAUGGGAGCAUUCAGCUGGUGAAUGGUGCCAACUCCUGCCAAGGCCGAGUGGAGAUCUUCUACAAAGGGAACUGGGGCACGGUGUGUGACGAUGACUGGGGGCUCAAGGAUGCUGGCGUGGUGUGCAAGCAGAUCGGCUGUGGCCACGCCGUGGACUACCGGACCAACGCCUACUUCGGCUACGGCACGGGGCACAUCCUCCUAGACAACGUGAACUGUGACGGAAGCGAGCCACACCUCUCGUCCUGCUACAGCCUCGGCUGGGGCAUCCAUAACUGCGGCCAUCAUGAGGAUGCCGGGGUCAUCUGCUCCGGGCUCGGGAUGACAACAGUCAGGGCUGCCGUCACCACCUCAGGGGCCCACAUCUACGAGGAGUCGUUCACGGCCAUGGCCACAGUUACGGACGGUGGAGAUCAGGCGUCUCCUGAGACGGAGAUGACGAUGACCUCAGCCCUUCACCUGCUGGGAAAAAAAACAGGUGGCGGCAUUCGACUGGCGAAUGGGAACAGCAGCUGCCAGGGCCGGGUGGAAGUCCUGUACGGAGACACCUGGGGCACCGUUUGCGACGACGACUGGGACUUCCCCAACGCCCAGGUGGUCUGCCGGGAGGUGGGCUGCGGCUCGGCGAUCGUGGCCACCGUGCUGGGCUACUUUGGCUACGGCGUCGGGCCCGUCCUUCUGGACAACGUGGAUUGCUCCGGCACAGAAGCCGACCUGGCUGACUGCUUUCACCUGGGCUGGGGACAGCACAAUUGUGGCCACCAUGAAGAUGCCGGAGUCAUAUGCAGAGGUGCAGGCGAAUCCGAUGAGCUUUUCUCGGAAGACACCUUUGCCACUACGACCUCGACCACCACUCGUCCCAAGGAUGGUUUCCUGCGCCUGGUCAACGGCAGCCACCGCUGCGAAGGCCGGGUGGAGAUGUUCUACCUCUCCCAGUGGGGGACGGUGUGCGACGACGCCUGGGAUUUGAAGGACGUCAAGGUGGUGUGCCGGCAACUGGGCUGUGGGGGUGCCAUCGACGCCACGGGGGAGGCCCGCUACGGCCAGGGCUCCGGCUACAUUUUCCUCGACAACCUCAAGUGCAAAGGCGACGAGCCCUCCCUCCUGCGCUGCUCCCACAUCCGCUGGAACGUGCACAACUGUGACCACUCGGAAGACGCCGGUGCCCUCUGCGACCUGCUAUGAC